AUGGCGCUUCUGGUGGAUAAACUCCGUCCUCGAUCCCUCGAUGCGCUCACAUACCACAAAGACCUCUCGGAGCGAUUAGCUGCCUUGGCCUCUUCUGCCGAUUUCCCCCAUCUCCUCUUCUACGGCCCGUCGGGCGCGGGCAAAAAGACACGGGUGCUCGCGACGCUGCGGGCGCUGUACGGUAGCGGGGCGGAAAAGAUCAAGAUCGACGCCCGCAUGUUCACGACCAGCUCGAACCGCAAGCUCGAGUUCAACAUCGUGUCCUCGGUGUACCACCUCGAGAUCACUCCGAGUGAUGUGGGAAUGUACGAUCGCGUGGUGAUUCAGGAUUUGCUCAAGGAGGUGGCGCAGACGCAGCAGAUCGACCUCGGGGCGAAACAGCGGUUCAAGGUGGUGGUGAUCAACGAGGCGGACGGGCUGAGUCGCGACGCGCAGGCGGCGCUGAGGCGGACCAUGGAGAAGUACAGCGCCAACGUGCGGCUGAUCCUGGUGGCCAACAGCACGGCGGGCAUCAUCGCGCCGAUCCGCAGUCGGACGCUGCUCGUGCGGGUGGCGGCGCCCACGGAGGCGGAAAUCUGCGACGCCCUGAUCAAGGCCGGCAAGAAGGAGAACUGGAAGGUGGUACCGGCGCUCAACGAGCGGAUCGCGCGCGAGUCGGGCCGCAACCUGCGCAAGGCGCUGCUCAUGUUCGAGGCCGUCUACGCCCAGCACCCGGAGCCGAGCGACAAGACGGCCAUCCCACCCCCCGACUGGGAGCUGCUGAUCGAGCAGGUCGCGCGCGACAUCGUCCGCGAGCGCACGCCGCAGAUGAUCCUCGCCACGCGCGCCAAGCUCUACGACCUCCUCACCCACUGCAUCCCCGCCACCCUCAUCCUCAAGACCCUGACCUGGAAACUCGUCGCCCAGCCCGAAGUCGCCGACGACCUCAAGGCCGAGGUUGUCAAGUGGGCCGCCUUUUACGAGCACCGCGUCCGCCUGGGCAGCAAGCCCAUCUUCCACCUCGAGGCCUUUGUCGCAAAGUUUAUGCGCGUUUUUGAGGGGUACCUCGUCGGGAUGGACUUUUGA